CUCUUCAUUGCUUCUCCAUAAAUACUAACCGUCACUCCCAUUAUCACUUCCACCACCACCACCACUAAUAGUCCUAGCUAGCUCUCUCCCUCUCUCUCUCUCUCUCUCUCUCUCUGAAAAUGGCUAUUAGAUCAAAAUCAAGCAAACUUGCUCAGAACACAGUCCUUAAGCAAAUACUAAGAAGAUGUGCAAGCUUAGGUAAGAAGUAUGAUGAAGAGGAUGAUCAAGGUCUUCCUGUUGAUGUCCCAAAAGGUCAUUUUGCUGUUUAUGUUGGUGAAAACAGAACCAGAUACAUUGUUCCAAUCUCAUUCUUGACACACCCUCAGUUUCAAUCCCUCCUUCGACAAGCUGAAGAAGAAUUUGGCUUUGAUCAUGAUAAGGGUCUCACUAUUCCUUGUCAAGAAGUUGUUUUUCGCUCUCUAACAUCAAUUAUGCUCAGAUCAUGAACACAAACAAAGUUUGGCUCUACUUGAAGAAAAGGUGAUCAAGAUGAAGCUGCAUCUAUCUAGCUUUUGCUUCUCUUUUUUUAACAUCUUUUCUUCACUUUACCGAUCUAGUUUGGUGUUUUUUUUUUUUUUUUGUUCUUUUCUUGAUGUGUUUUUGUUUUGAAUAGCCCUUUUUAUAUUUGGGGUGUUCUUCUUUUUAGUUUUGGUUAAUUAUGAGACCAUAACUUUUGUCCUCAGGAGCAUUUCUUGGGGUAAAAAUUGUAUAAAGGGUUUUCAGAUUUAUUUUCCUCAUAGGCGUUUCAUGAUAUGAAAUCUGCAAGUUUUUAGCUA